AUGGACGCAGGGGAUCUCUUCCGGCGGGCGCAUAGAUCUGUCAACAAAGCCCAUGAAGCAAAGUCUUUUCGAGAAAGUAGCCAUGACAGCGAUGACCAUUCGCCCAGAAUUGCUCAUACUUUGACCGCCUGCUGUAGAUGUCGCCAGAGGAAGACGCGAUGUGAUCCAAACCUUCCGCGCUGCCUCCCAUGUGAAAGGGCUGGGGCAAUAUGCGAAUACUUCGACACUGCGAAGGGAAAGAAGAUACCUCGCACCUACGUAAUUCGAUUACAAGAAAAAGUACGGGCCCUAGAGGCUGAAAUGGGCCAGUACACCGAGGAAGGCCACCCCCAGAAUACUGAAGAUAUCGUGCGGCCCGGGGGACUUAUACGUCUGGAUGAGAAUGAUGAGACGCCACGGUUCCUGGGUCCCUCCAGCGGCAUUGCGAUGACAAGACUAGUCAUGGAAGAGGCAAAGAAGUACACGGAUUCUAGAAGCAUUCGGGAACUGGUGCCUGAGGUCCGCAACCGUCGACCUGCUAUUCCAUCUCCAGAAUCAGCGACGAAUCGCAAAAAGUCGUACCCCAUGAUAAGCGCGGUAGCUGCGCCAACGCUGCCCACCCGCUUAGUUACGGACAAGUUGGUAGAAAUAUUUCAUCAAAAAGCUCAGUACUUAACUCCGACUCUGCACGAACCCACCUUCGCCAAAGACCUUCAGGAAGUCUACGAUGGCAGUGGCGAUCCAUACAAGAAUUUUGUUCUCCGGAUGGUGCUUGCAAUAAGCAUGCAGAAACUUGAUGUUCAGUAUUCUGGCUUAGCAGAUAGUUACUAUCUAGCUGCCAUGGGCUACAUGGAAGAUGUGAUUCGACCCAAGGAUAUCAAGACCCUUCAGUGUCUAGUGUUGGUGGCUCAGUAUUCAUUACUAACACCGACGCGUACCGCGAUUUAUUAUGUUGUGGGCUUGGCUACACGGCUAUGCCAACAGCUUGGUUUGGCAGAGGAAAAAACCAUAACCCAGGGCGUAGAGUUAGGCAUGGUCAACCCGAUACAACUGGACAUGAAGCGCCGGCUUUCAUGGAUAGUCCUUUCAAUGGAACUGGGCUUAGCGCACAGUAUGGGCCGCCCGAAUGCAUUUGCAGCGGGAGAAGACCACGUUGAUGUCGGCUUCUUCGAAGCGGUUGAUGAUGAAUAUAUCACUGCCGAUGGGAUAUUGCCGGCCCCCGUUUCGGAGAAGAAGCAAGUGGCUAUCCAUUUUCUUCGAAUGCGGCUGCUACAAGCAGAGAUGAGAAGGGUGCUUUAUCAAAAGAAGCGACCCGAACCGAAGAACGAAGAUCAUCCUUGGUAUGCACAAAUGGAAAAGAAGCUCAAGGAUUGGCUGGAUGCCUCUCCCCAGAGCCCAACUUGGAGCAAACCAUGGUGUGUGCCUGGUAGUCCAAGUACUCUUCUUGAAGACCUAACACAAAGCAGGUUUGAAGGUAGGUAUAACACCAUGAUCGUGACCCUUCGACGUCCGUCGCCGCAGAUUCCAAAGCCUUCAGCAGGAUCGGCGAUGAUGUGUUAUGAUGCAUCGGCCACAAAUAUCAGAAGUCAGAGCAAGCAUUUGGAUGCAGGAAGUAUUGAUAUAACUUGGAUAUUUCUCCUGACUGUUUUCCAAGCGGUGAACACUAUUCUGUGGGCGAUAUCAUAUCCCGAAGUCCGCGCCUUGCACCCAAAAGAAGAACUCGAAGAACACAUCGAGAUCGCGCUCGAUAUCAUUGGCAAGUGUCGGGAGCGCUGGCCCGGAACUGCUGCUGCUUCGCAGUUAUACUCGAAACUUUCUAAAGCAUGUUCGAGGAGCUACGACGUUAAAACUAGCUCGCACCCACCGUCUUCGCUAUCAACAAAUUCGCCUUCUUCCCUCACUGAUACCAAUUCUUCAUCGGCAUCGGAACAGUCCAGUGUAACAACAAACUCUAUGGCACAAUCUCAACAAAUCACCUUCCAAACACCUCAAUUUGGGUAUGUGUUCAAUCAAAUGCCAGAGCAAAUUCCCGCAUUUUCGCAGCAAAGUAUGGGACCUCCUCCACCUUCAUUCAGAUCGAAUUCCAUAUUUGGGGCUCCUUCAAACACGCAGUCAGACCGCCGGUUUAGUUACUUCCCUCCUGAAUUUACACAGCCAAAUAAUCUUGCGAAUGCCUGGAACCCCAUUCCAGAUGUUCAAGUACAGCCUCCACCCCAGUUCCAAGUAACUCUACCACCGGCAAAUCCCACCACCGCCGACGCCAGCUACGUUAUGCAUACUGGGUCUACACCAGCCUCGUUCGGAAACUUCAUGUGGGGAGGCCAAGACUACGAUGUGCACAUGAGGCAGGGUAGUUUGAGCCAGCAGCAGCAAAUAGAGUUGAUGCAAGAUCUUGAGACGAACGGUUUGGCAGAGAUUGAUAACUUCAUGAAUCUCGGGGCGCAGUACGACACGAAUUAUUUCAAGCUCGCAAAGUAA